UUUGGACGGGCAGCGGGCGUAUAUCCGCGAAAUAAUAAACUUCUAUAUUUUAAUUGUGCUUUUGGUUAAUAUGGAAUAUGAAAAGGCUGCAACACCUUUGAAGCUAUUUUCAGCGGUGCAUAUGAGUGGUAAAGUGACACAUAAAGUGGGUAACGAAAAUUUAGAAUUGAUAACUACACCGGGCAAUGGGAGAUGUCAUAAAAAAUUGCAUCCACGUACACCAAGUAAGCAGAUAAGUUGUAGUAUAUCAACUAUAAGCAGUAUUUGCAGUAAUUCGUCAAAGCAAAUAACUUGUUCCACGCUCAUGAGUACGCCACCAGCUAAACGAUUUCAACGCAUACGGAAUCCUUUCGAACCAGUCUUAGCGGAGCGCUUGCAUUUACCACUAAUUGCCAGCCCUUCGCUGUUUCAGCGACCUACGACACCACAACUGUCGUCAACACAAUUCGAAUGGAAUAUUGAUGAAGUGUCUUCACUAAAACCAGCGCAUGUCGAGCCGCACGAAACACAAUUUCACGACUCGCCCGACCCCGAUUAUGAAGCCAAAGCUCAAUCGGCUAUAAGUUCAUAUUUCAAGGACCAUCAAAUUGUGCCAAGUCCAGUAGAUUGCCCUUUACGCAGUCAUCGCAUUAUACUUUCCGAAUUGAAUGCUAAUACACCUAUUACAAAACCAGGACGACGUAUACGUGAUUGUGGCACACAGACAGAAUUAUCAUUGCCGGUAAUAUUACCCCGCGCUGUAGAAGAAGCGCUAAUGCCAUAUUUUCAACCACAUCUAGCAGUUGCGGAUCGGCCCAACUGUGACACCGAUUCGCAAAUACGGUUUAGUAACGAUUCAAACGCAUCUACUUAUAGUGAUGCUAAAGAUAUUUCAUUGCGUCGUAAACUUUUCGAUAUGAAUAAUAUUGUAGUGCUCGAAGAGGGUAGAACAUCGACAACUGAAUCCAAAACUAAAACUACAUAUUCCAACUCCAGUCCCUCAUCCGUUUGUGAGAAUACCCGAGGUGGUCAUUUCGCUAUAGUUGGCACGCUUUCAGAUUCUAUGGACAAGAGUUCAUUCGGCUCGCUUUCUCCAAUUUCAGCAUCUGAUGGUCUAUCUAACUCACCACAUUCGCCGCACAAAAGUCAUACUGGCUUUAAAUCACGCAUACAAACCUUUCUACAAGAACUUGAUGAUGUAGAGCAGUUGUCACCAAUACAUGCACCGGUACGACAAACGAGUCGACGGUGUCAUGAUAAACGUGAGGCUACAAGCAAAUCACUGCAAGAUUCCAAAAAUAGUUAUCGUUGCAAUGUUCUGAACCAGAGUGAAGCAACCAUAAACGAAGAUCUCUCUUUAGCUUGUAUUGAUGCUGGGAACACCAAUGGUGAAAAAUUUACGCCAGAUCGCAGUUCUUCACCACUACGUUUGGCCUAUUGCUCUACUGAAUCAGAAUCGGCAAUCGGCCAUCAUUCCAUUGAUAGCAGUUUCAAUAUGAAAAUCAGUCGUUUAGCCGUGAAUAGUGCGAAGUGCAUAAAACCAAUAACAAUAACAAGCCGUGAUACUAAGACACAAGAGCAUGAUAUAUUCGCUCAUGACGAAACGCAAGACUUACUUGAUGACGAUGAAAUGCAAGUCUCGCAGUUGUCCGCACAAAAUUUCAAUUGCAGUUCGAGCUCCGCGGAUACGCCGCGUAGUAAAAGACGUUCAGCAAGUCGCAAAAAUCUAUCACAAUCCUUUUCGCUAAAUUGGUUAGAUGACGAAGAAGAGCAAGCAGAUGACGAAAAGCAAAAAGCAGAUAAACAAAAUCUACUAAAAUCGCCAAUAGAUUUGCCGCGCAUUGAUAUAAAUAUAGUGGAUGAACUGAUUGUUAAAGAACAUGCAUUACAGCAGCAGCAACAGUUGCAAAAAGUCAACGAGCAGUGUAGUAGUGCUGAUAAGCAAGCUCCCGUUGAUGCGGCUGAAACGCGCGCCGUAUUCUAUCGUGUUGAUAGUGGCUUUAAUGAGAUGCCGGCCAGUGGUUGCUCUUCCACUUGCUCCAUGGGCGCAAGCCAGAAGAGUGAUGGCGGGUUAUCGCCAACGACACAACUUGACGUAAGCAUGGUUUGUUGUUCAACACCAUCAAAGUGCUCGAACACCAACAGCGUUGCAACUUGACGACAGAUAAUUGCAAUAUUUAAGUUGCCAAACAUAUUUCAUAAAAAGCUUCUAUAUCACGGUUGUCAUUUGCCUUUUUGCAUUAGCUGAAAUUCUCCCAGCAAAAUACUUAUUUAAUACUUUAUAUUUGUAUAAUUCAUAGUUAUAUGCGCGCAAUUAUUGUUUCGUAUGCAAUAUUCAAAGCCAAGUUUUGUAGUAAUUGUAAUAAUAGCAUGUUAGAAAAUUGAAUAAUUUUAAGACUGCCAUGAUUUUUAGAAUAAACAAUUUUAUAUAUAUGAGACUGCCGUGCAGCAAUAAGCAACCCACCUAAGUAGCGCCAUCGCUUUGAAAGUUUGUGCAGCAAAUAAAAAGUGGAGCGCCUACUAAAACUCACUUUGCUAGCUGUGUAGUUUUUAAUUAGCCUAUUUCAUUUACCAUGUCGUUUACAACAAAUAUAUAAUACAUACAUUGCAUAAAUAUAUAGAUUUUCGAAGAAAUUUUAUUCAUCAUCCAGUUAAAAUAGUCAUUAUUCCACAUACUUUCUAUUAUUUUAUUUUUACUUGUACUUUCUAUUAGCGCUUAUUUUAUUUAUUUAACAUUUCAUUGUAAUUAUUUCCAACUUGUCAUUAUUUUAUAUAUCUGCGUUAUGGAUGUAUUUGGACCCACAUAGUUUAAUUUCUACUUAACAUAAUUUAAUUUUAAAUUUCAUUUGUUACAUGUUAUAUUUUAUAGCUUUUACUCAAUCAUCGUUUAUUUUGAAUAUUGUGUCACUCGGCGCGUGUAAUAUUAGUCAAUUAAUAAAUGCAAAAAGCAGUAGGAAA